GCAGCUCGCGCCAGUCCCGCUCCAGACACCGCCACAUCCAGUCGCAACAGCAGCAGCAGCAGCAGUUUUCGUGAAGAUGGCAGCCAACAGGUUCGUGAUGAUCGCCCUCGUGGCCGCAGUGGGUGUGGCCCUGGUGGCAGCCAGGCCGCAGGAGGACAGGACCGAGAUCAGCAACGAGAUCCCUCUGGGUAUUGACGUGAGCAAUUCCCCAGCGCCGACCAGCGUCAGUACAAAUUCCAGCAGUGUGUCGGACUUCACAACUGAAGCCCCUACAUCCACUACAGUUCCGACAACAAGGAGCUCAAUGUUCUCCAGGAUUAUCAAUGAUAUUUUCCAGAUCCCCAUCACCGUGCUGCGAGCGGUCAACAACCUGCUCAACAACUCCUUCGGCAGGUGCAAUCUGCAGUAGGUAAAAUUUUCAAAGUUGGUUUGUUUGCGACAAAAAUAAAAUGAAAUUAUUUAUGAAUACUGAAUUAUUUAUUUAAAAUUACGAUUCAAAAAUAUUUUUAUGAAAAUAAAAUAGGCUUUAGACAUGUAAGAAUUUUUCCACUUUCACUGAUUGUAAUAAAUAAUAAAUAUUCAAAAUUUGAAAUUA